UCUGCUCCUGUAACAGACUAGGACUACCACCAUGCUGCGCGCCUGCAUCAUCCUCGCCAUAGCUACCAGCGCCCUUGCUGGUCACGUUGGCCACCUUGCUGGAGGCUACACCCUCGCAAAUAACCUCGGUUAUGGCCUUGGCUACGGUAGCCUCGGUUACGCCGGUCUUGGUUACGGUGGUCUUGGUCUAUCCCACUACGGGCUUUCCCAUGGCGUUGGAUACUCUGGCCUCACCGGCUACGGUGCCGGCUACGGAUACGGUUACGCGCCAGCUGCCAGCUAUGCUGUCGCUGCCCCAGCCGUCACCCGUACCGUCUCCUCCUACCACGCUGCCCCAGCUGUGACUGCUGUGCACGCUGCCCCAGCCGUGGCUGCUGUGCAAGCUGCUCCAACCGUGACUGCUGUCCACGCUGCCCCAACUGCCGCCACUUAUGCCGGCUAUGGAUAUGGUUACGCGCCAGCAGCCAGCUAUGCUGUCGCUGCCCCAGCCGUCACCCGUACCGUCUCCACCUACAACGCCGCUCCAGCUGUGACCACUGUGCACGCUGCCCCAGCCGUGGCUGCUGUGCAAGCUGCUCCAGCCGUCACUACUGUCCACGCUGCCCCAACUGUCGCCACUUAUGCCACUGCCCCAUCUGUCAGCUACGCUGCCGCCCCGGCUGUAACCAGGGUUGUCCAGCAGUCCGCUCAGAUUGUUGCUGCUGCCCCAGCUGUCGCUACCUACGCCGCUGCCCCAUCUGUGACUGCUGUCCAUGCUGCUCCUGCUGUCACUACAGUUCACGCUGCGCCAGCCGUCGCUGCCGUCCAUGCUGCCCCAGCUGUAGCUACCUACAGUGUUGCCCACGCUGCCCCAGCCGUCGCUACCUAUGGUGUGGCCCAUUCUGCCCCACUCUACUAUGGUUAUGGAGUCGGUUCUCUGGGCUAUGGUGCCGGUCACUACGGAUAUGGUCAUGGUCUGCUCGGCUACGGCCUGAACUACGGCUAUGGUCUUGGUUCUCCUCUGAGUUACGCCACCCUUCUGCGCAAGAAGAAGUGUAAGUUCCCCCUAAUUCUAUCCAACUUUGAGUACGUGCCUUCGAUUUCAGAAGUUCUCACAAACAUGCACCAUUAUUUUUCUUUUCACAGAAAUGGUCCUCGUCUUAACCCUUCCGCAGAACCCAUCAAUGGUGAACGAGACUUGAAGACCCACUGA